AUGACGUUAGAUUUGAGGAUAUCAAGAUCUGUGGGCUCCCAUAAAUUUUUGGGAGUUAUGAUUACCAAAGAUGGAUAUAAUAAAAGCGAAAUCAAGGACCGCAUUGGCCAAGGCCAGACGCGCUCGCCGCGCAUCACGGAGCACCCGAGCGACGCGCUGGUGGCCCGCAACGAGCCGCUGACGCUCAACUGCAAGGCGGACGGGCGGCCGCCGCCGGCCGUCACGUGGUUCAAGGACGGCGAGCCGGUGCGCACGUCGCCCGCCGACGCCAAGUCGCACCGCGUGCUGCUGCCCGCCGGCUCGCUCUUCUUCCUGCGCGUCAAGAAGGAGACCGACGCCGGCGUCUACUGGUGCGUCGCGCGCAACGUCGCCGGCGUCGCCACCUCCCGCAACGCCACCCUCUCCGUAGCCGCAGAGCGGAAACCCCGCUCUCCUCCGCACGGCGGCCCGCGGCGAGCCGUGGAGCUCGGGCUGACCCCCAUUGCCGCCCCCGCCACCCCCGCCGCCGCCUCCAGUCAAUAA